CGGCAUUGUAUCAACCAAGGGCUGCCGAUCCGGGCGCUGACUUUGGCCAGGGCCGGUACAACGACCACCACUUUCACUACGGGUACUUCCUCUACGCCGGCGCCAUCCUGGCAAAGUACGACAUCGAUGCCUUUGCGCCCUUCCGCGAGGUGCUUAACCAGAUGCUGCGCGACUACGCCAACCCGACCUACAUUGACACGCAGUUUCCCUACAUGCGGCACUUUGACCCCUAUGACGGCCACUCGUGGGCUGCCGGCCUCUUUACUUUUGGCGACGGCCGCAACCAAGAGUCUUCUGGCGAAGCAGUCAACGCCUACUACUCGGCAUACCUGUACGCUCUGGCCACCGGUCUGCAAGAGACGGCAGAUUUUUAUGAAAUCAUCCUGAACAUGGAGGCAACUUCGGGCAGACGCUACUGGCACCCAACGCGGGCCCAGUCCAAGGAGCUGUUUGGUGAGCCCUUUGUGCACAAUGCCGUGGGCAUCUUGUGGGCAAGCAAGGCUGAUUAUGCAACUUUCUUUGGUGCUAACCCCGAGUACAUCUACGGCAUCCAGAUGCUGCCCUUCACACCAGCCACCAAGUUGCUGGUCACCACCGAGUGGGUCAAGGAUGCCUGGUGCCCUGAAGGCUCGUCGGCAUGUGCCGGCGGCAUGCAGGCGGCUGCCGAGCAGGCUGGCAACAACGCAUGGACGAAUCUUUUGUACACGGCGUAUUCGCUCGUCGAUCGAAAUACCGCGUGGAACAAAGUCAUUGGCAGCACGCCCGAUGACGGCAACACGCUGACCAACGCCAUGCAUUGGAUUGCCACCAGCGGCAAGCAAGGAACUGAUGUGAAGUAAAAUAUUAUUUAUAUUUUUUUAUUGUUACAUAUAUUGUUAUUUUUUUAAUCUAGCGACACCCCCUUUCCGAAUAGUCAUUACCAAGGCAGAAAUAGAAAAUGCACAUAAUAUAUAAAUAAAUAAGUUAAAU